AUGAAAUCUUCCCGUCCAGUCGUUUUCGAUCAAAAUUAUCAUUCAUUGCAAAAUUCCGCUACAACACCAGUGAUUAUGAUUGAUAACAAUUACACACAAUAUGCACCACUGUCGCUUUUUCCAUCAACAUCACUUCUUUGGCAACAACUAAGUUCGGAUUUUAAAUCAUUUUUGCCUUCAUCAGCAGCCACAAAUUUUAUGUCAAUAUCAAAUUUUAUAAUUGCAAACCGAUUGAAACUUGUAGAAUUUGCUAGAUAUAUUGAAUCAACAAAACCAAUAAUGCAAUUCAAUCUAUUAUUUGGUUAG